UUCAGUUUCUGCACAUUGGGAAGGUGAGCACCACUCUUCCCCAGACUCUCGCCCCCAUCUCAAUCUGCUCAGGGAGCUGUUCCCCACCGAUCCCAAGUAAAACAAAGGGGGCUUCGUCCCUACUGCAGCAGGGGACCUGCUUCUUAACCCAGCCAACUGCCAUUACCUAGAGGGGCGGGGAAGGGAAUUUUGGUUUUAUCCUCCCACCCCUGUGGACUUUACUUUAAAUUGGACCUGGGAAAGGGGACCUGAAUCCGUGAGUUGUUGACUUGGAAGGUGCGAGAGGAUGAAGGGGCCGUGGCUGGUUCUGGCAGCUCUGUGCCUCGCCCUGGCGGGUCUGGGUGCCCGGGCGGAGGACGGACUCGAUUUCCCAGAGUAUGACGGGGAGGACAGGGUGAUCAACAUCAACUUGAAGAACUACAAGGCUGCUCUGAAGAAGUACGAGGUGUUGGCCUUGCUGUACCAUGAGCCCAUUGAGGACGAUAAGGCUUCCCAGAGACAGUUUGAGAUGGAGGAGCUUAUUUUGGAGUUAGCAGCCCAAGUCCUGGAGGAUAAAGGAGUGGGAUUUGGUUUGGUCGAUUCGGAGAAAGAUACGGCUGUAGCCAAAAAACUGGGAAUAGACGAAGUAGACAGCAUUUAUGUUUUCAAGGACGACGAGGUGAUCGAAUACGAUGGCGAAUUCUCUGCUGACACGCUGGUGGAAUUCCUGCUGGAUGUUCUUGAAGAUCCAGUUGAGUUCAUCGAUGGAAGCCAUGAACUUACUGCCUUUGAGAAUAUUGAAGAUGAGCCCAAACUCAUUGGAUAUUUCAAGAACGAAGAGUCAGAACAUUACAAGGCUUUUGAAGAUGCGGCUGAGGAAUUCCAUCCUUACAUCCCAUUCUUUGCCACUUUUGACAGCAAGGUUGCCAAGAAGUUGACUCUAAGACUGAACGAGAUUGACUACUAUGAGCCGUUCCAUGAUGAACCAGUCACCAUUCCCGACAAGCCCAACAGCGAGAAGGAGAUUGUGGACUUCCUGCAUCUGCACAAGAGGCCAACUCUGAGGAAGCUUCAUCCAGACAGUAUGUAUGAGACCUGGGAAGACGACCUGAAUGGAAUCCACAUUGUGGCGUUUGCAGAAGAAGACGACCCUGAUGGUUAUGAGUUCCUUGAAAUCCUCAAAGAAGUUGCAGAAGACAACACUGAUAACCCAGAUCUCAGUAUUAUUUGGAUUGACCCAGAAGAUUUCCCGCUGUUGAUUCCAUACUGGGAGGAGAAGUUUGGUAUUGACCUCUCCCGGCCUCAUAUUGGUAUAGUGAACGUUACCGAUGCUGACAGUGUCUGGAUGGACAUGGAUGAUGAGGAGGAUCUGCCCUCAGUGGACGAGUUAGAAGACUGGAUUGAAGAUGUUUUGGAAGGAGAUAUCAACACAGAAGAUGAUGAUGAUGACGAUGAUGACGACGACGACGACGAUGAUGACGAUGACGACGAUGAUGAUGAUGACGAUGAUGACGACGAUGACGAUGAUGACGAUGAUGACGAUGACUAGAGAGUCAUUAAUUAAGUCGUUAGCAUCUAACUAGUUUGUAUCCGCGUAUUCACACGUCGCAAAUCUGACUUCAGCAACAAUGUAUUUUUAUAUGAAUUCUCAAACGUUAACCACUCUGUCAUUGACCUCUAAAAGUAACCAAGUAAGACUAAGAGAUUAAGAAAGAUCCUUAAAAAUAUAGAAGCUUUCUAGAGUCCAAAUUAGUAUGGAAAAGGGUGAGCACCUCAACAAGAUUCAACAAUUCAAUUCCCAAAUAAUUAAACCUUUUCCUGGGCCAAA